UUUAAGCACAUUGCGGAGUGGAGACUAGCCGAACGCGGACUACUGCUGCUGGACUGAUCGGAGCGUUCCUUUACAACUUCUAUGGAUACUUCAAAGUAGCUAAGAGUUACGCCAAAACGGAUUUUACACAGAAUGGAAGGGAUGGAAGAGUGAUGAUGGGAUGGAUGUGAAUAUGGGCCAGUGGGCCUACACAGGCAUGCGUGCCCCUCUCUUCUGCCUGGCCCUGUUGCUGCUGCUGCUCUCCCAGCCUGCCCCCUGCUGCUGCCAGGACAGCCAGGGUUCUCCCCAGGGCCCCGUCGACGGCCCUCCAUUUCUCUUCACGCAGUCCGUCUAUCAUGCCAUGGUCUACGAGAACUCGGCAGCGCGAACAUACGCCAACAGUAAAGUUAAAAUGGGCAUCCACCUGGCCCAGCGCUCCUGGGAAAUCCGUUACAGGAUCACCUCCGGGGAUGAAGAAGGCUUCUUUAAAGCAGAGGAGUACAUGCUGGGAGAUUUCUGCUUCUUACGCAUAAGGACUAAAGGCGGCAACGCAGCCAUCUUGAAUCGAGAAAUCCAGGACAGCUACUUACUGACAGUGAAAGCCUCCGUCAAAGGAGAGGUUCUGGAGACCUGGACCAAAGUGACUGUCCAAGUCCUGGACAUGAAUGACCUCCGACCUCUAUUCUCACCCACCACAUACUCAGUCACCAUCGCAGAAAGCACCCCCCUCAGGACUAGCAUAGCACAAGUUACAGCCACUGACGCGGACGUCGGCUCCAACGGGGAAUUUUACUACUUCUUCAAGGAGAAAAUGGAGCUGUUCGCCGUGCACCCAACUAGCGGUGUGGUCUCCCUCAGCGGGAAACUGAACAUUGAGGAGCAGAACCGAUAUGACCUUGAAAUCCAGGCGGUGGACCGCGGGAUGAAGUUGUAUGGCAAUAACGGUGUGAGCAGUACGGCCAAGCUCUUUGUGCAUGUAGAGCGUGUCAACGAGCAUCUGCCAGUCAUGAAAGUGGUCACCCAUGUCCCCUCGUGGUUAGACAAGAACCCUGUGUAUGCAGUGGUCACUGUGGAAGACCUGGACGAGGGGUUAAAUGGAGAGAUUGAGUCCUUGUCUAUAGUGGCCGGAGACCCUAUGGAGCAGUUCACUCUGGAGAGGUCAGAGGGCAAUGAGUUCGCUAUCAAGGCGUCUGACCAAGUUGACUGGGAGAACUUCCCUUAUGGAUAUAACCUCACACUUCAGGCUAAGGACAAGGGUGCACCGCAAAAGUUUUCUUCGGUCAGGGUUGUGCACAUCAUGGUGAAGAAACCACAUCCUGUGGAAGUGAAAUUUGAACAGGAGUCGUAUGAAAUUAGUCUCAAUGAAAUCUCACCCCCAGGCACGAUCGUAAAGGUGGUGAAAAUCUCCCCUGAGCCAGACGAUGCGGAAUAUAUUCUGACCCCCUCGACAGACUCCUCCUACUUCCGGAUGAACACCCUAACGGGCGUGAUCUCAACUGCUCGCUGGUUCACGGAGUGCACCAAGGACAUGUUUGACCUGGAAGUGGUGGAGGUGGACAGCGAGCUGGGGGUCAAAGUUCGGGUCUCCAUCGAGGACGCAAAUGACAACACCCCAACAUUCACUCAGCUUUCGUACGAGGUGUUCGUCAAUGAGAGCGUCCCCGUGGGAUGGACUGUGCUGGCGGUGUCCGCUGUGGAUGGUGAUAGCGGGGAGAAUGGAUACAUAACAUACAGCAUAGCCAGCCUUCAGCCCCUGCCCUUCAAAAUCAACCAGUUCUCUGGCAUCCUCACCACCACACAGGAGCUGGACUUUGAGUCCUCGUCUGAGAGCUACAUGUUUGUGGUCAGGGCCUCUGACUGGGGUUCUCCCUACAGACGAGAGAGUGAAGUCAACGUAACUGUCCAUCUGGAGAAUGUGAACGACAACCAACCCUUAUUCGAGAAGGUGGCGUGCCAGGGGCUAGUCUCUCGGGACUUCCCCAUCAAUGAGGUAAUCACCACCAUGUCUGCCAUCGACAUAGACGAGCUGGAGCUGGUGAAGUACAAGAUCCUGGAAGGGAAUGAGAGGGGCUUCUUUGACCUGAACCCUGACUCGGGGGUCCUAACCCUACAGAGGUCCCUCUCCACUGCCAGUCCAAAAAAUGGAAUCUUCAGUUUGAAAAUAACCGCCACAGAUGGAGAGAACUUCUCCGACCCGAUGUUUGUGAACAUCUCUAUUGUUCAUGGGAAAUCUUUCCCCAAGAGCUUCAACUGUAGGGAGACAAGAGUCGCCCAAAAGUUAGCUGAGAAAUUACUAAAUAAGUCCAAAGCUAGAACCAAGCCCAAGGUUGAGGAAGGGUUCAUUGACCUUUUCUCCAUCAACAGACAGACACCUCAGUUUGAUAAGGCCUUCCCCACAGACAUAUCAGUGCACGAAGACCUAAAGGUCGGGUCCAGUGUCUUCAAGGUCAACGCCUAUGACGGCGACACAGGUUUUAACGGUCAGAUGUUGUAUGCCAUCUCAGAUGGAAAUACAGACAGCUGUUUCACCAUCGACAUGGAGAGUGGGCUGAUCAGCGUCUUCCUGCCCAUGGACAGAGAGAAAAGAGACAGAUACCUCCUCAACAUCACUAUCUACGACCUGGGCCUGCCACAGAAAACCGCUUGGCGUCUGCUCACCGUCUACGUAGAAGAUGCCAAUGACAAUGCACCUCAGUUCCUGCAGGAGGGAGGCUAUAGAACCUUCAUUCCCGAAAACACAGCCAUUGGCACCGAUGUCAUUCAGGUUGAGGCCACUGAUAAAGACUUGGGGCCUAAUGGAGAGAUUGUCUACUCCGUCCUGACCAGCACCACCCAGUUUGGCAUCAACAGCUCCAACGGGAUUGUGUACGUUGCCGGGCAGCUGGACAGGGAGUUCGUCUCCACCUUCAACUUGAAGAUUGAGGCUCGUGACCGUGCAGAGAAAGGGAACCAAAAGUUUUCAGUCACCACUCUGAAGAUCUCUCUAGAGGACGUUAAUGACUGCCCCCCAGUAUUCAUCCCCAGUGUCUACAACACCCGGGCCCUGGAGGAUCUACCAGUGGGAACCGUGGUGGCCUGGCUCGAGACUCAGGACCCAGACCUUGGCCUGGGUGGCCAGGUUAGAUACUCCCUGGUCAACGACUACAAUGGGAAGUUCGAGGUGGACAAGGCCAGUGGAGCCAUCCGUCUGACCAAGGAGCUGGACUACGAGACGCAACAGUUCUACAACCUCACGGUGAGAGCCAAGGAUAAAGGGAGACCUGUCUCUCUGCUGUCUGUCACCUUCGUGGAACUAGAGGUGGUAGAUGUAAACGAGAACCUCUACACUCCCUACUUCUCCCACUUCGCCCUUACGGGAUCAGUGAAGGAGAGCGCCCGCAUUGGGACCACCGUCCUCCAAGUCACGGCCCGGGAUGACGAUGAUGGUAGAGAUGGGGAAAUCCAGUACUCUCUCCGGGACGGGAGUGGACUGGGACGAUUCGCCAUCGACGAAGAGACGGGUGUCAUCUAUACCACAGACACUCUGGACCGCGAGACCAAGGACUCCUAUUGGCUGACUGUGUAUGCCACAGACCACGGGGUAGUGCCCCAGUUCGCCAUCAUGGAGGUGUACAUCCAGGUAGAGGACGUCAACGACAACGCCCCCCUGACCUCUGACCCUGUCUACCACCCCAUUGUCAUGGAGAACUCCCCCAAGGACCUGUCCGUCAUCCAGAUCCAAGCCCAGGACCCGGAUGCCACUGGGGGAGCAGAGAGACUGAGCUUCAGGAUAGCUAGUGGGAACCCACAGAACUUCUUCACCAUCAAUACCAGGACCGGUGUCAUCACGACCACGUCCAGGAAACUGGACCGAGAGCAACAGGCUGAGCAUGUUUUAGAGGUCACGGUGUCGGACGGCGGUCCCAGCCCCAAACACUCCACGGUGUGGGUGAUCGUCCACGUGCUUGAUGAGAAUGACAAUAAGCCCACGUUCCCAGAGAAGGUGUACCAGAUCAAGUUACCAGAGAGGGACAGGAGGAAGAGAGGAGAGUCUAUCUACAGAGCCUUUGCCUACGACAGGGAUGAAGGGGUUAACGCUGACCUCUCCUACAGCAUCGUCGAUGGCAACGAGGACGGCAAGUUCUUCAUCGACCCCAAGACGGCGGUGGUGUCAUCACGAAAGCAGUUCACCGCCGGGAGCUACGACAUCCUCACUAUCAAAGCCACAGAUAAUGGCCGCCCCCAGAAGUGGUCGACGGCCCGUCUGCACAUCGAGUGGAUCCGUAAGCCCUCGGCUUUGGCGAAUCCCCUCCUAUUCGACGAGCAGUACUACAACUUCACCGUCAUGGAGAGUGACAAGGUGGCCGAGAUAGUGGGUGUGGUCUCCAUGCAACAGAACUCCAAUCCCCUCUGGUUCGACAUCAUAGGCGGUAACACUGACAGUCUGUUUGACAUAGAGAAGGGCGUGGGCACCAUCAUCAUCGCUAAGCCUCUUGACGCUGAGCAGCGCUCCUUCUACAACAUGACUGUGGAGGUGACGGACGGUACCAACUCUGCAGCCACACAGGUCCACAUCACAGUGUUGGACAACAACGACAACGCUCCUGUCUUCUCCCAGCCCACCUAUGACAUCACCAUCUCUGAGGACACGCCCCCGGAGACGGAGGUGGUCCAGGUGUUAGCGUCGGACCGUGACGAGCGCCACCGUCUCACCUACUCCCUCCACAGCGCCAUCGACCCCUCCAGCCUGCGUCUGUUCCGUAUUGACCCCAACACUGGCACGGUGUAUACUGCAGAGAGACUGGACCACGAGGCUAGAGCACAACACAUCCUCACUGUCAUGGUAAAAGACCAAGAGUUUCCAUACAGGAGGAACCUGGCCCGAGUGUUGGUGGAGGUGGAGGAUGUUAAUGACCAUGUCCCAGUGUUCACCAGCGCUCUGUACGAGGGUUCGGUCUAUGAGUCUGCAGCAGUGGGCUCUGCUGUGCUCCAGGUGACUGCCCUGGACAAAGACAAGGGAGAGAACGCAGAACUCCUCUAUACCAUGGAAUCAGGCAACACAGGGAACACGUUCCGGAUUGAGCCGGUUCUGGGGAUCAUCUCUGUGGCCCGCGAACUCCACCUCUCCACCAUCGGCUACUACGUCAUUACCAUCAGAGUCACCGAUAACGGCUCCCCGCCACUCUUUGCCACCUCUGUGGUUCGCAUCGCCGUCACACUCUCCGACAACGCCGGACCCAAGUUCCCCCAGACCGAGUACCAGGCCGAGGUCACAGAGAACGUUGCCGUGGGAACCUCUGUCACCACAGUAAGCGCCCUGAGCCAAUCCACGCUGACCUACGACAUCCGACAUGGAAACAGCGAACGCACCUUCAGGAUCAACCAGUACAGUGGCGUGAUCACAACUCAGAAACCCUUGGACUAUGAGACCACAGCAUCUUACAACCUGAUCGUCCAGGCCACCAAUAUGGCUGGCAUGGCCUCCAACGCCACCAUGCUCAUACGGGUGGUUGAUGAAAACGACAACCCACCUGUGUUCCAGCUGCUGUGCUACCAGGGUAGUAUCAGCGAGGCGGCGCCCAUAAACAGUGUGGUCAUGAACCCAGACAAAACUCCUCUGGUCAUCAAGGCCACUGAUGCUGACCGCAAUCAGAACGCUCUCCUGGUCUAUCAGAUCGUUGAGGACACAGCCAAGAUGUUCUUUACAGUGGAUUCUGGCACCGGCUCCAUCAGGACUAUCGCCAACCUGGACCACGAGAUGUUUGCUAGUUUUAACUUUCAUGUUCAUGUGAGAGACAGUGGGAGGCCUCAGCUGACAGCGGAUAGCCCCACCGAGGUCACCAUCCAGGUGAUCGACACAAAUGACUCUCCACCUCGCUUCACCCAAGACACCUACGAAACUGUCCUGCUGCUGCCCACCUAUGUAGGAGUGGAGGCAUUACAGGUCUCAGCUAUGGACCCAGACCAAAACGUCCCCACAGAGCUCACCUACUCAGUGACAGAUGGCAACCUUGAGCACUUUACCAUCCAGCCCUCCAGCGGUAUCAUCACCGUCAAAAACAACAACUUCUCCAAGGAACGCUUCCGCUUCAACGUCAAAGUGUCCGACGGUAAGUUCUCCAGCACUGCUCUAGUCACUGUUCUGGUCCGUGAGACGCUGGACUCUGGCCUCUUCUUUGCCCACAGCCUAUACUCCUCUUCCAUCCAAGAGAACAAUACCAACAUCACCAAAGUUGCCGUGGUCAACGCAGUGGGGAAUCGCCUCAACGAGCCGCUCAAGUACACCCUACUGAAUCCUGGGACACGCUUCCGGAUCCGAUCCACCUCUGGCGUAAUCCAGACCACUGGCAUUCCCUUCGACCGUGAGGAGCAGGAGUUCUAUGAGCUGGUGGUGGAGGCUGGGAGGGAGCACGACCGUCUGCGUGUUGCCAGGGUAAUGGUCAGGGUGCAGGUAGAGGACAUUAACGACAACGCUCCUGUGUUUGUGGGACUACCGUAUUACGCUGCUGUCCAAGUGGAGGCCGAACCUGGUUCGGCCAUAUUCCGGGUCACCGCUGUGGACCGUGACAAAGGCAUCAACGGAGAGGUGUCCUACUACCUGAAAGACGACCACGGACACUUUGAGAUCGACAGGCUGACGGGCGGCCUCCACCUGAAGAAGUCCUUUGAGUCUGACCUGUCCAACCAGGAGUACCAAAUGGUAGUUUACACCAAGGACGGAGGUUACCCUCCUCUUUCCUCCACCUUAGAGUUCCCCAUCACCGUGGUGAACAAGGCCAUGCCUGUCUUCGACAAGUCCUUCUACGCAGUGUCGGUGAACGAGGACGUAGCGGUACACACUCCCAUAUUAGGAAUCAACGCCACCAGCCCUGAGGGCCAGAACAUAAUCUACACCAUCGUGGAGGGAGACCCCUCUCUGCAGUUCGACAUUGGCUUUGACACCGGAGUCAUCAGAGUCAUCAACUCCCUGGACUAUGAGAUCGCCCCAUCCUUCCGUCUGACCGUCAGAGCCACAGACUACCUGACCGGCGCCCGUGCUGAGGUGGACGUAGAUGUCACAGUUAAUGAUAUCAAUGAUAACCCUCCGGUGUUUGAGAAAAUGUCCUAUAAGGCAGUUCUGUCUGAGACUGCCAUGAUUGGCACUCCGGCUCUGCAAGUGGUGGCUACCGACAAAGACUCUGAGAAGAACAACAUUGUACGCUAUCAGAUAUUCUACCCCACAGAUGCCUACAACAGCACCGACCACUUCCACAUCGACAGCAGCAGCGGCCUCAUCUUGACCGCCCGCAUGCUCGACCAUGAGCUGGUCCAGCGCUACGACUUCAUCGUCAGGGCAACCGAUAACGGCUUCCCACCGCUGAGCAGUGAAGUGUCGGUCACGGUGGUGGUGAAUGACAUGAACGACAACCCUCCGGUGUUCAACCAGCUUCUCUACGAGGCCUAUGUCAGUGAACUGGCCACGAGGGGCUAUUUUGUGACCUGCGUCCAGGCUUUGGAUGCUGACAGCUCCGACUAUGACAAACUGGAGUACAGCAUCCUGUCAGGAAACGAGAGGAUGAACUUUGUGAUGGAUGGUAAGACGGGUAUCAUCACGCUGUCUGGUCACAGGAAGCAGAGAAUGGAGCCAGCCUACAGUCUGAAUGUAUCCGUUUCUGAUGGGGUGUUCACCAGCACAGCCCAGGUGCACGUCAGGGUCCUGGGGGCCAACCUCUACAGCCCUGUGUUUGGACUGAAUGCCUACGAUGCAGAGGUACGGGAGAAUGCAGCGGUAGGAACCAAGGUGAUCCAGGUUAGGGCGACCGAUGCUGACCCAGGAGUGUUUGGCCAGAUUACCUACUCAUUCGUCAACGACGUGGGGAAGGACCAGUUUAGUGUGGACGCCAAUGGUCAGAUCACCAACCUGGAGAAGCUGGACAGAGAGGACCCUGCCAACAAGGACAUUGUCCAUGUGGCGGCCCAGGACGGGGGUGGAAGGGCCUCCUACUGCACCGUCCGUGUCUCCCUGGUGGAUGACAACGACAAUGUCCCUCGCUUCAGAGCUACAGAAUACCGUGCUUCCGUCAAAUCCGACGUAGGCAAGGGCUUCUUGGUGACACAGAUCCAGGCGUAUGAUCCUGACGACGGUGCCAACUCUAAGGUGACAUACUCGCUCUACAGCGAGGCACACGUGCCCGUGGCGGAUAUGUUAGAGAUCGACCCUGACAACGGCUGGAUGGUCACCAAGGGGAGUUUCAGCCACCUGCGCAACUCAGUCCUGUCUUUCUUUGUUAAAGCAGUAGAUGGAGGCAUCCCUGUAAAGCACUCUUUAGUAUCAGUCUACAUCCACGUCUUGGCAUCUGACGCCCUCAUCCCCUCCUUCACCCAACCCCAGUUCUCCUUUACCGUCCCAGAGGACACCCCUAUAGGAGCUGCCCUAGGGUCCGUCCGCCUCAUCACCCCACCAGGCUACGCCUCGCUGCCAGUCACCUUUGCUCUGGUCAACGGAGAGACCGGGGAGAACAACCAGGAUGGAGUCCUGGUGGUGGACAGGGACACUGGGGUCAUCAAGCUGGACAAGCCCUUGGACCACGAGGUCAUCACUGCCUUCCACUUCAAGGUCACAGCCACCGUGCAGCAGGCCAAGCUGGACUCUGUGACCAGCGUCGACGUAGAAGUCAAAGUCCUGGAUCUGAAUGACAACAAGCCAGCAUUUGAAUCCAACUCCUACGAGGCGACAGUGAUGGAAGGGAUGCCUAUCGGCACCAUAAUCAUCCAGGUUCAGGCUCUGGACCCAGACUCUGGAGCUAACGGACAGGUUACAUACAGCCUAGGCACGUUGGCGCAAUCCGAAGGGGAGCCGGACCAAUCCACAGAGACCUUCACCAUUGACAGCAACACUGGCUGGAUCUCUACUCUCAAGGAGUUGGACCAUGAGAUGUACCCGUCCUACGCCUUCCUGGUGGUGGCCUCAGACCUGGGGGAGACCCUGGCCCUCUCCUCCACCUCCACGGUGACCGUGGCCGUGUCGGACAUCAACGACAACCCGCCCAGAUUCCUGGAUGAGAGGUACCUGGGCUCAGUGCGCGAGAGCGACCCCCCUGGCGAGGUGGUGGCGGUGCUCAACACUAGAGACGACGACAGCUCUACAGUGAACCGCCAAGUCAGCUAUCACAUCACAGGUGGGAACCCUCGGGGGGUGUUUGCCCUGGGGCAGGUGCAGGGUGAGUGGAAGAUGUACGUGAAGCGCCCACUGGACCGUGAGGAACAGGAACUAUACCUUCUCAACGUUACCGCUAGCGACGGCCUGUUCGUCACCAGGGCAACCGUGGAGGUGUCUGUGACUGACACCAAUGACAACAGCCCCGUCUGUGACCAGGCUCUGUACACAGUCUCGGUCCCAGAGGAUAUCCCAGUCAGCAGAGUGAUAGUGGGGGUUGGGGCCAGCGAUGCUGAUGUAGGGGUCAGUGCUUGGAUCCAGUACUCUCUACAUGGACCGGGCUCUGAAGACUUCAGCAUCGACUCAGACACUGGCGAACUAAAGACCGCCCAGGCUCUGGACAGGGAGAAGACCCCUGUGUACAGACUGGUUGCCCAGGCGACAGACGGUGGUGGUCGGUUCUGUCAUGCGGUGGUCCACCUGAUGCUAUUGGAUGUGAAUGACAACCCUCCGGCGUUCUCUGCCCCCCACUACACUGCCAGUGUGUAUGAAGACACAUCCACCAAAGCCCUGCUUACACGCAUACAGGCCAUCGACCCUGAUGAAGGUGUCAGUCGUAAGGUGGUCUAUUCUCUGGCCGACUCUGCCGGCGGCUUCUUCUCCAUCGACAAGUCCUCCGGUAUCGUGGUCCUGGAACGUAUCCUGGACCGCGAACAGCAACCGUCCUACAUGAUCACGGUCAGAGCGUCCGACCAGGGCUCUCCGGUCCGCCUGUCCUCCCUGGUCAACGUGACCGUCACGGUCCUGGACAUCAAUGACAACCCACCGGUGUUUGAGCGGCGUGACCACCUCGCCACCGUGCCAGAGGACGUGGGGUUAGGGACGGAGGUGCUGAGAGUGUACGCAGCCAGUAAGGACAUUGGAACCAACGCUGAGAUCACCUAUAGUAUCCGCUCAGGCAACGAGCACGGGAAGUUCCACAUACACCCCGUCACUGGUGCCAUCGCUGUGUCCAAGCCUCUGGACUUUGAGACGUGUAAAGACUACUUCCUUACUGUGGAGGCCAGAGAUGGUGGAAAACCGCCCCUAAGCGCUGUAACCAUGGUAAACAUCAACCUGACGGAUGUCAACGACAAUGCACCCAUGUUCAGCCGAGACGUCUACACUACUGUCGUAUCCGAGGACGCAACCAUCGGAGAGUCCGUCGUCAAGCUGACAGCUGAGGAUGUAGACAGUCAGGUGAAUGGUGAUAUCCUCUACUCCAUCGUCAGUGGUGACAGAGAGAACCAGUUCUUCAUAGACCCUCUCUCUGGCAUGGUGAAGGUCAACAAACAGCUGGACAGAGAGACGGUGUCUGGUUACUCUCUAGCGGUCAGGGCUCUGGACAGUGGUGUUCCGCCCAUGUCGUCAACGGUGAUGGUCAACAUCGACAUCUCAGACAUCAACGACAGCCCGCCUACUUUCACCCCGGCCAAUCUCACCACUGUCAUACAGGAGAACAAGCCCAUCGGCACCAGCAUUCUGCAGCUGUCUGUCAUAGACCAGGACUCCUCCCAUAACGGCCCGCCCUUUGAGUUCCGCAUCUUAUCAGGGAAUGAGGGUGGAGAGUUUACACUGGAGUGGGAUGGAACUCUGCUAGCCAAUCAGGUGUUUAGGAGGGACUUGGCCACAGAGUAUGUCAUCCAGGUCCAGGUAAGGGACUCAGGUAAGCCCCGUCUGUCCUCCUCUUCUAACCCUGGUCAACCCGGUGCGUUACCCCUGGAGGUCCACAUCAUCGGCCAGCUGCCAGCGACCACUGACGCAGACCCCUAUGAUGUCCUGACCUUCGGCCACGCACCUCCGUCUCAACGCUCCCUCUUCAAGAUCAGUCCGAGAGACGGUAAGAUCAUAGCCCUGGGCGGCCUGGACGCCGGUCGCUACUCCCUCAACGCCAGCGUGAGUGACGGACGCUUCGCCGUGCCCGUGGCUGUGAGCGUGCACGUGGAGCAGGCUUCACCAGAGAUGCUGCGCGAGGCGGUGACAGUGCGUUUCGAGAGUGUGCAACCCCACGACUUUGUGGCCACACAUCUGAAAAACGUGGUGAAAGUUCUGAAGGUUGCCGCGGCGACGCAGAAGCAGGACGCGCUGCACCUGCUCAGUUUGCAGCCCGUGGGCGGGACCAGCCAGCUGGAUCUGCUAGUUGCCGUGGAGACGGCUGGGGGAGGUUUCUACAAGGCAGCGUACCUGACUCAGAAGCUGAGCGCCUCCCGGAGGCAGCUGGAGGAAGUGCUGAGGGUGUCGGCCAUCUUGGAUAAGAACUGUUCUGGGUUGGAGUGUCGCGGGGCCCAAUGUGAGCAGAGCAUUGUGUUGGACUCUCACGCUCUCAUCACCUACAGCACACCCAGGGUUAGCUUUGUGUCACCACGCUUCCACAGGACCACCCGCUGCACCUGCACUGAUGGUAGCUGUCCCCCAGCCACAGAGUUGUGUGAUGAGCAGCCCUGUCCAGGAGACAUGCAGUGUGUGGGCACAGAGGGCACUAGAGGGCCGUAUGCCUGCCAGUGUCCACCAGGGAAACUUGGAGAGUGUGCAGGUCACACAUCUCUGAGUUUCUCAGGGAACAGCUAUAUCAAGUAUAAAGUGUCUGAUGGAGGGAGAACAGGAGAGAUGAAGCUGGGACUGAGGAUCAGAACUCUACAGAGCAGAGGAAUCAUCAUGUACACACACUCUGACCCCUGCACUAUACUGAAGCUGGAGGAGGGUAAGCUCUGGUUCCAGCUGGACUGUGGGAACAGCCCUGGUGUGCUGGGUAUUUCUGGGAGGCCCAUCAACGAUGGGAACUGGCACACAGUUACUCUGGAGCUCAACCGUAACUUCACCAGUCUGUCUCUGGACGACAGCUAUGUGGAGAGGAGGAGAGGACCGCCAAGCUUCCAACCACUAGGGGCAGAUGGGUCUAUCUACUUUGGAGCACAGGUCCAACCUCCUAACUCUCGCAGCCUGACAGACAAGAAGGGUCCUCGGGUGACGGAUGGCUUCCAGGGCUGCCUGGACUCAGUGAUGCUCAACAACAACGAGCUGCCUCUGCAGAACAAGAGGAGUCGCUAUGCUGAGGUGGUGGGCCUGACAGAGUUGAAACUGGGCUGUGUUCUCUACCCCGAUGCCUGCCUGAAACAGCCCUGCCUCCACGGCGCUACCUGCAACAGCCUGCCCUCCGGUGGUUUUGCCUGUAGUUGCGGUCCCCAGUACACUGGGGGGCGCUGUGAGACUGAGAUCACGGCGUGCAUUCCCAACCCAUGCCACAACAGCGGUGUGUGCAAAGCCAUCGGCAACGCUUUCCUCUGCAGCUGCAGGAGAGGUUUCAAGGGCAUCACGUGCGAGGAAGACGUAAACGAGUGUGAGCGGGGCGGAGCCACAGUUGGCGAAGCAGAAUGUGAGAACGGCGGUGUGUGUGUCAACACGCACGGCUCGUUCUACUGCAACUGCACGGCGGGCUUUGUGGGCCAGCUCUGUGGCCUGCGGCCCGUGGUGGUACCGGACAUGCAGGCUGGACACGCCAUGGUGGGGAAAGAAGAACUGAUCGGCAUUGCUGUUGUCCUAUUCGUCAUCGUCACCCUCAUCAUCCUCUUCAUCGCCUUCCGUAAGAAGGUGUUCCAGAAGAACUACUCCCGUAACAACUUGACGCUGGUCCAAGAUCCAGCAACAGCAGCUCUGUUAAACAAGGCCAACGGGGUUCAGUUCAAGACCCUGCGCUGCACGCCGGGAGACCCCUUGAAUCUGUACGCCGAAGCGGGGCUGUGCGCCACUGUGAUAGGUGGCGGAGCUGGGAUGCUCGGGCCGCCCCAGGUGCCUGUGAGGCCCAUGGCAUAUACACCCUGUUUCCAAGGCGAUCCGCGGUCCACGCUGGAGAAGAUGGCGGACGGGAGAGGCGUGGAACACACUGAGAUGAGCACCUUCCACCCAGAGUCACCCAGGAUUCUGGGAGGCACAGUACGGAGGGGGGUGGUGGUGUGUAGCGUGGCGCCCAACCUGCCACCUGUCUCGCCCUGUCGUUCUGACUGUGACUCCAUCCACAAGAGCCCCUGGGACAGCGACGAGGGUAAAAUGGUAGAUAUGGGCGAAGAGAUGACCUGUUUCUCAGGGAGCAACAAGGGCAGCAACUCUGAGGUCCAAUCACUGAGCUCCUUCCACUCAGACUCCUGCGACGACAACGCCUCCAUAGUGACCGUCAUUCGACUGGUCAAUGAUGCAGUCGACACUAUUGAAAACGAAGUGUCAGUCAUGGAUCAAGGUCAGAGCUACAACAGAGCAUAUCACUGGGACACGUCUGACUGGAUGCCCAACUCACGGCUGCCCGACAUCGAGGAGGUGCCCAGUUACGAGGCCAGCGGCCUGGCAGGCCACGGAGACAUGGUUGCCUCAGCCUCCCGACUGGGGGGCAGCUCUCGCCUGGGGGGCAGCUCUCGCCUGGGGGGCAGCGCCCGGGAACUGGAUUCAGACUACUACCUUGGGGGCUACGACAUCGACAGUGAUUUCCCACCUCCUCAUGAGGAAGAGUUUCUGACCCAGGACCAGCUCCCUCCUCCCCUCCCCACUCCCCUGGAGGAAUACCAGGAGCACCCCUACGACACCCUGCCCGCCAACCAGCCCACCUCCAAGGAGAGCACCCUGAGUGGGAGUGUUAGUGGCAGCACCGGACGCCACAGGUCCCCCCGCCCACACUUCCACCCCAGCCAAUACCUGCCCCCACACCAGCUGCCCCUGGGGGAGGCGGGGCAAGGCAGGCCGGGAGGGGAGGAGUUCAGCACUUUUGUGGGUGGGGCGAUCAUGUCGGGAGGCGGGGACAUGGAUGAUAAUGUGUCGCUGAAUAGGAGGUUGUCAGUGAACGCAUCAUCGGCCUCGGACUUGUCGGCCCCCUGCGGUUUUGACGACUCUGAGGCGGGCGGUAGUGACUUGGACAGUAUGGAUGAGCUCCACCGGGGUGGGACACACACCGUAGAGAUGCAGCAGCAGACUGAGGUCUGAGGUCUGACUGGGCACCACCGUGGGGUCAAGGAGAGUGGCAAGGGGACGGGUGGGCAUGAGUGCAGGACAGAGACUGCUGGAGUAGGAAGUGGACGCUGUGUCGAGCUGUGCAGGUUCCUCUGGACUGAGUAAUGAAAGAUGGAGGUAGUCACUCAGAGGGGAAUGAUUGGUGUUUAAUGGACACACUGCUAGAUAGUGGCUACGUCAUCAAAACAGUACCAAUCUAACCCUUCAACCACUGCCAUUGCAAACACUAACCUCAAACCACUUCACCCAUUGCAGGCUUUAUCCUUCAACCACUUUUCUUCAUUCCAAGCCACUACCCUUAUUCAUGACCCUUUAGCCACUACCCAUGAGCUAGUACCAAGCCACAUGCAAUGGAAAGCAAUGUGUUUUGACACAUUAGUACCUACAGCUGGCCAUCAUCAUAGCCACUACCGCUAGCAGUGGCCCGUGUCAAGAUCAGAUGAGUGUUAUCCUCUUCCAUAGCGAGGAACAGAGAGUCUACCAGAUAUGUUGAGUACGUAUAAAAACAGGGUGAGAAUGUGAAAAGAAAGAUUAAGUUUUUAAAAAAAUACAAACUUUUAAGAGAAAAGUGCAGAGACAAUGGAUGAGCGAGUGCAGAGAAAAUGGAUGAGCGAGUGCAGAGAAAAUGGAUGAGCUAGUGCAGAGAAAAUGGAUGAGCUAGUGCAGAGAAAAUUAACGAGCUACUGCAGAGAAAAUGGAUGAGCUCGUGCAGAGAAAAUGGAUGAGCUAGUGCAGAGAAAAUGGAUGAGCUAGUGCAGAGAAAAUGGAUGAGUUAGUGCAGAGAAAAUGGACGAGCUAGUGCAGAGAAAAUGGACGAGCUAGUGCAGAGAAAAAGGGACGAGCUAGUGCAGAGAAAAUGGACGAGCUGGUGCAGAGAAAAUGGACGAGCUGGUGCAGAGAAAAUGGAUGAGCUGGUGAAUCAAGAAAAGAUGAAGAAUGUUUGGUAAAAAGAAAAGAAGACAAUAUUGUAAUUGAACGGUCAGUACUGUGAUAUGGCCUCCUCUUUCUGCUCAAAGCAGAUGUGAUUGUUUUUAGCUGCACACAUCUUCUCUGUCCUUCCUCUCACUAUACCUGCCUACCCACAGAGGCCCAACAAGGACUUUUGCCUAACCAGGAUGCGUGGGGGGGUACACACAUCCCCUCACUGUUCAUGCAUAGCCUGUACAGAAGAUUUUUUGUGUGAUUAUCCACUCUAAGAACGCCAUUUGGAUUGAUGUGAAAUAUGUUUAUUAUUACCCCUAGUCCAAAUGUCCACCCCUGAAAUCAUUCCUGUGAUGCCAUGAGAGUUUAGCCAUCCUUCUGUCCCACCACAUGCUAAACUGCUAUCCUGCCGCUCUUCUUUUCUGCCAAGUAAUUUUGCUUUAAUGAUGUUGUUAUAUGGUCUUUGUUGUUUUGCACUAGUAUCUUUAGAUUUUUGGUUUUGAUGGUUAUUACAUGAAACGUGCUAUAUUAUUGAAAUCCUCCAAAGGACAUUAUCAUGAUAUGUAAUUCUGACCCAGUUAAAUUAGCAUAAUAAGCUAUGAGUAAUUUUUAUGUUAGUCAUUUUCUUUUCACAAAAGUCCCUGAUUUUCAAAUAGAUUAAAAAAAAUUCACAUAGAGUUUUCUUGAGCUAUUACAUUUCCCAGCAUGCAACACAAUGUAUUUUAUUUCCCUUCCUUGUUCUCCUUCUGUCCCAUGUUGUUUUACCCUGAGCAGGUUUCAUAGUCACUCCAGUAUUUCCCAAAGCCAUACCAGCAAUAGAUUGACUGGUGGAUGAGGAGUAGGGUCCGUGCACAAUGCAAAUGCAUUCUGGGAAAAUAAUAUAAUAAUGUAGCAUCCCAUCACAACGGCUGUCACAGCAGCCAGGCACCGUUGCACCAUGGGUCUUUCCAGUUGCUGUGUUCCAUUUUGGUUCUGUCCGCUUAAAAAAUAAUAUAAACAACGGUCACUAACAAUGGCUUAUUCUAAACACAUCUCUAUCGCUCCAGGACAGAAGGACAGAUUACAAAACAGAUGAGUGGCGUAUUGGACUUGGAGUUCCAUUGGACUUGGAGUUCCAUUGGACUUGGAGUUGUAUUGGACUUGGAGUUGUAUUGGACUUGGAGUUGUAUUGGACUUGGAGUUGUAUUGGACUAGGAGUUCUAUUGGACUUGGAGUUGUAUUGGACUAGGAGUUGUAUUGGACUUGGAGUUCUAUUGGACUUGGAGUUCUAUUGGACUUGGAGUUCUAUUGGACUUGGAGUUCUAUUAGACUUGGAGUUGUAUUGGACUAGGAGUUCUAUUAGACUUGGAGUUCUAUUAGACUUGGAGUUCUAUUGGACUUGGAGUUCUAUUGGACUUGGAGUUCUAUUGGACUUGGAGUUGUAUUGGACUUGGAGUUGUAUUGAACUAGGAGUUCUAUUAGACUUGGAGUUCUAUUAGGCUUGGAGUUCUAUUGGACUUGGAGUUGUAUUGGACUUGGAGUUCUAUUAGACUUGGAGUUCUAUUGGACUUGGAGUUGUAUUGGACUUGGAGUUCUAUUAGACUUGGAGUUCUAUUAGACUUGGAGUUCUAUUGGACUUGGAGUUCUAUUGGACUUGGAGUUCUAUUAGACUUGGAGUUCUAUUGGACUUGGAGUUGUAUUGGACUAGGAGUUCUAUUAGACUUGGAGUUCUAUUAGACUUGGAGUUGUAUUGGACUCGGAGUUCUAUUGGACUUGGAGUUCUAUUGUAAAAUAACAUACCUGAUCCAGUCGGGCAAGAUUUUUUGUAAAAGAUGUAAGUUUGUGUUAAAAUCUUUGUACAGUGUACAUAGAUUGCUGGGUUGUUAAAAUGCUGAUUUUGUAGAUAUUGAAUUGCAAUCCUGACCACCUUUCUUUGAGUUUCUUGUUUUUGUUCGAUAUGAAUGUGGACAAUAAGAGACCAUGAUAAAUCAGUCAUUUAACCUAAUCUCCCCUCCUCUGUUGGCCUUUCGCCUAAAGUAUUAUUUUAUUUCAUUAACCUUUGCUUUAAAACAUAAAAAGCCUUUCAAUAGACUAGUUAGAACUUGCACGGUAUUAAAUGCACUAAACCUGCUUUACAUUACAUCCCGGUGUUUUUUCUUUUUUGUUUAAAAUCCUCUAGUUUCUGUUUCUUUUCAAUGAUUUUAGGUAGUAUUGAAAUAUGUCUAAACUAACUGCAGCAAUUGAGUGUACAGAAUUAGUUAUUUUUUAACUGCUUUUUUGUUUUUUAAAUCAAUGCUGAAAAUAAAAAAGGUUAUUG